AGGCCGGCGAUACUGGCUAUGGACGAGGCGAUGAGCUCGUUUCACGCGACGUCUGAAUAUCGGGUCAACGACGCGAUUGACAAGAUCCUAAGCUCGAAACAAACGACAUGUAUGAUUGUUGCACUUCGGAUAUCAAGCAUUGCGCGUGCAGAGAGGAUCGUCGUACUUGAAGGUGGGAAGAUUACUGAGUCCGGAACAUACCGUCAAUUAGUAAAUACAUCGACAUUAAUGCCGAUAUGUGUGGUUUUGCGCUAUAUGUAUAUAUCUGACACAAUAAACCUACGUACAACUCACGUUUCCCCGCCUUGA